AUAAAAAUGAAGUGGUUUAAGCGUGCAUUGUUUGUUGGGGUCUUUGUAAGUAAGCAUUUCGCCUGUUGUAUUCGGUGCUUGUGACUAAUACGAUUUGGUAAUCAUCGCUCUCGAAACAUAUGGCCCUUUCAUUAGCGAGAAAACAAUACUUGAAAUAAAAAAUAUUUUGCACAGAUUCAUACAGAAAUGGGUGCCUCCAUCUGACGAAACUACACUUACACUACACUUCCCGAGUUACGCGUACAAGUGUUUGAAGCACGCUAGAUACGCUUCGAACACACCGACCGUGACAUUGCGCAAAAUAGUAUGCAGCAUCAUCUGGAUAUGUAUGCAACCAAAGUUCAACAUUCACCUUCUGCUGCCAUUUCUGUCAAGCCGUCUACACUUACAGUUUGACGCAUACGUUCAACGUAUGCACCACACCGAACGCACUGCAACUGCCCUCCGCAACACGAUGCUGCAAGGCAAACGCAACAUUUCAUUGUGCAGGUGUGUUCGAAACAUAGCAAAAUAGCACAGGUGGUCACCUCUGUUUUCUGUAAACAAACGCUGUAACAUGGAUAUAAUAUGGCCACGUGGAACACUAACCUUAUGAAGGUGUUGUUUUAUAAGUUAUUUAUGUUUCCAAAACGGUACCUUAAGCUAGGCUCUUAACAAAACUCCCUCGUCAGAAGAUACUAUCACAAACAGGCGCAAAAACAUUUGGCGUCUAUGAAUGGGAUAAAGCACCGUAUAUGGAUCCUCACAUCAGUGUUAAAGACGAACCCACUAGUGAUGAUGACGUUACACACAGCUGGUGCAACCCUGUCCAGCCCUCACAAAUGGACUACAGUCAUGAAGGUGCUGUUGAUAAGUCUGGGUUGGAACCAGAUGACCUUCCAGGCCUCAGUGAGGCAAGAAAACCAACAUUCAAUGUGAUUGUCAAAGAGGAGGAGGAAGAUGAGGAUGAUGAGGAGGACAUGGUUGACCGAGGUUCAGACACCAACUACACACCAAGUCCCGCUGUGGUAGUGAAGGUGGGAGAACCCAAAGCACCAAAGAAUAAGAACACAGUAAAGAAACUCCACCAGUGCCCCGACUGCGGUAAAACCUUUGAGAGGCUGUCGCGUCUGAAGAGGCACGAGCCGUCACACUUGAGGAAGAGCAAGCACCCGUGCCCCGACUGCAACCAGUCUUUUGGCAACCUCUCAGUCCUGAAGAAACACAGGGCAACACACAAGAGCACCGAGAAGCCGACUCACCAGUGUCAACAGUGUGGCAAGACGUUUGAGAAGCUGUCGCGCCUCAGAAGGCACCAGCCCGUACACCAGAGGAGAAAGAGGAUGGACCACCCGUGUCCUAAAUGUGGCAAGACCUUCAAGAAGUUAUCCGGCCUGGUUCGGCACGAGCGAGGACACACCGGAGAGAAACCGUUCCCUUGCUCCCAGUGCGGGAAGAGCUUUGCCGACGACCGUCACCGGAAAGUGCACGAGCAGGCUCACCAAGGGAAGCUGGAGAGACCCCACCGCUGUGCUGACUGCGGGAUCUGCUUCCCCAAACCAUCCGAGCUUCGGCGGCACCAACGCGCUCACACGGGAGAGAAACCGCACCGCUGCCCUAACUGUGGGAAGGCCUAUUCCCGGUCAGAGACUCUGAAGAGGCACCUUCUCAUCCACACGGGGGAGAGACCUCACCUCUGCACUGAUUGUGGGAAAAGCUUCAUUGACUUGCAGCAGUUGAAAUCUCACCAGCGGAUUCACACUGGAGAGAAACCAUUCCACUGCCCCGUGUGUGGGAAGGGUUUCUCACAGAGGGGUAACAUGAGGGCACACCAUCGGACUCACACAGGGGAGAAACUUCACCACUGUGCCGACUGCGGGGCCAGUCUCUCCACAUCUUCUAGUUUAAAAGAGCAUCAGCUCAUUCACACAGGAGAGAGGCCCUUCCAGUGUCUGGUCUGUGGCAAACGCUUUCUGCACAUCUGGAGACUCAGAAAACACCAGAAGACACACACACACACACACACACACACACACACACACACACACACACACACACACACACACACACCGGACUAAGACACACACCGGACUAACACACACAACGGACUAACACACACAACGGACUAACACAUGCCGGACACACGCUGGAUACACAUAAGGAAGACGUCUCUGUGUGCUUUGAAAGAGCAGCAACUGUAGUGUUGUACUACUACUAUUAAUACUACUAAUAUGAAUACGACUAAUAUUAAUACUACUAAUAUUAAUACUACUAAUAGUUAAUACUACUAAUAUUAAUACUAGGAUUGUGGGUUCAAUUCCUGGGACCACCCAUACGUGAAUGUGUGCAUGCAUGACUGACUUUGGAUAAAAGCAUCUACUAAAUGACUGUUAUUAUUAAUGUCAGCAACCCAGAACCAACACAAAUAAUUUAAUUAACUUUAAUAGCUUGCAGUAGGGAUCUGCUUGUGAGUAUUAAAAUGACAUAUGUGUAUAGAGGAGGUGUACUACAAAGCAGGAUCAAUUAGUUAUCCAGCUAACUUUGAUAAGCAACCAGAAAUAUCUAUUGAUUUUUCUGACUAAUUAAUGCAUUCAAAAUGAGAUAUGCGUUGUUGGUUGAGUCAGCUAUACAAUGCCAAUUCCAAGCUUCUCUUUCUAAAAACAAGAAAAGGUCAUAUCAGAGUAUUUAGACAGGCUGACUCAUUGAAUGGUCUUUGUAGUUUAGCCCUCUGGUCUACGCCUCGUCCCAUUUUAAUCAACACUGAACAAUGCUCUUUAUACGUCUGACAUAACUAUUUUAAUGGUACAUUUAAUAGGCUUGUGUUUUGUAUGUGUGUGUGUGUGUGUGUGUGUGUGUGUGUGAGUACACGUUUUACUAUACUUGUGAGUACCAGAAGUCCUCAUGAAUAGUCAACUAACUAAAAUCCAGAGAAGGACUUUUUUUUUCAGUCUUCACUUGUAAAAAGGUUAUUUUAGGCUUAGGGGUUAGGUUUACAGUUAGGGUUUAGGGGUUAGGAAAAAAUAGGAUUUUGAAUGGGAAUCAAUUGUUGGUCCCCAAAAAGUCCUGCAAUGAAGCCCAUUAUCUGUAGUCUAGGUAACGGACUCUCCAGCUAACAUCCCACUCCUCGUCACUCCUCGUCACUCCCAAAGAGACUGGCCUUUCAGCCAUAGAAAUAUGAAUAGAAAGGUGUCAACAUUCAAGUCAAUGAUGGCAUAAUGGGUGGCAGCCAUUUUGAGUGUAUCCAUGCCAGGAAGUAAAAGCAGGAAGUGUACCCUUUAAUCUGUGCUGUGAUUUGUUGAGUGAACUAAACUGAUGUUUAAAAAAUAUAUAUACAUUCCAUUGCAUGAGCCACAUCAGUUAGUAUCAUUUGAAUGAGCAUUUUACAUUACCAUGGCAACCCAGCAUCAGCUGAUAGAACAUUUCCAAAAUACCAUGAACAUUAUUGCAUCAAUAUUGUUCAAUAUGCACUGGAUUUAUGGCGGAGUUGCUCCUUGGCUGUUGGAAAUAACAUUCAUAUUUUCCAUGACAACAUGUGGAGCCUCAAUUGGAAUACAAAGUAAAAACAACAUUUAGCUGUUAGCUAGGCAAGUUAUUUUUAGGUUUGAAAAUCUACACGGAGGUUUUUGUGGGUUGGAAUUGAAGUAGGUAUUUACUUCAUUUAAAUUCCAGUCAAUUCAGUACACUGAAAUGUCAAUUCUCUUCAAUACUUUUCAAUGAGGGAAAUGUGGAAUUGGAAUAGUUUACUUUCUGAAUUGACUGGAAUUGACCCCAACCCUGCACAAAAGCCCAUAUUUGUCCUCGAGGCUUCCACAUCGUUUACUUUUUUUUCCCCCAUUGAGGCCCCCAUUAUUAGCCAAAUAAUGGCCAUUCUGCACAACAAAAACAUUCAGACAGGCCCACCCAUUGGGCUAAUGAUGGACUAGACCAUCACUGUUGCCAAUCGACCCUAUAUUAUAGGCUACCCUUGCCUUGCCCCAGUCAUUCUAUAAGUAUACAAUGAUAUGUUGUAUGGUAGGGUAUACUUUAUUCUGUAGACACUAGGAAAUACUCUGACAGGUUACAUUAUGAUUACAGUGUGCUGUAUUCUAGUAUAUACUCUGAUAGUUUACAUUAUUACUAUUCUACUAGAUUCUAGGAUAUAAUCUGAUACAUUAUGAUUCUAGGAUAUACCCUGAUAGGUUACAUGAUUCUACUGGAUUCUAGGAUAUACUCUGAUAGGUUACAUGAUUCUACUGGAUUCUAGGAUAUACUCUGAUAGGUUACAUGAUUCUACUGGAUUCUAGGAUAUACCCUGAUAGGUUACAUGAUUCUACUGGAUUCUAGGAUAUACUCUGAUAGUUUACUGCCAAGAAGGCCAGCACCCCGGAAUCACCUCUUCACUGUUGACAUUGAGACUGGUGUUUUGCGGGUACUAUUUAAUGAAGCUGCCAGUUGAGGACUUGUGAGGCGUCUGUUU